UGUCCACGAAACUUAUAGAUGUCUGAAACAUCAGCUGAGAAAGGCAGAUCCGACGGAAACACGAGUAAACAUCGUUGGAAAAUUCUGAGAAAUGCAAUAUUGAAGAAGCAGUGUCAACACACGGACCCAGUCAAGUCUGUAUCUGUUCGUCGCUUUGCAUCCUUUGGCCUGCUGUCAACAAAAAGUAUCCCAACAGAAUCUUCUAUUGAUGGACAAUGGGUUGAAUACUCAUGUCCUCAGUUUAGUCAAUUCUGCAUAAGUGUCAGACAUUUGUCCACUAGUUUUUCAGCUGGGGAACUCAUUGGUUUUAACAACACAGGAAAUGUGUGUGUGUGGCCAUCAGAAGAGGUGUUAGCUUUCCACUGUAUGAACAAUGCAGAUUAUUUUAGAAACAAGACUGUAUGUGAAGUCGGUGGUGGUAUGACAUGCUUAGCAGGGUUAUCGGUAGCUGUGUGCUCAAAUGCUGCUGAAGUUCUACUCACCGAUGGCAAUCAAACCUCAGCCAAAAAUAUUCAAGAGAUUAUUGCAAGAAACAAGAGUAAAUUUGGAGAGAGUGUUGUAACAGCGAGAGAGCUGAAAUGGAAUCAAAGAGAGCUAUUUGAAGAUCUAGGAGGUCAUUUUGACUGCGUAAUAUCUGCAGAUUGUUUAUUCUUUGACCAAUUCAGACAAGAUUUAGUUGAUACGUUUGAUGUUCUCCUGAAGCCUAAGGGUGAAGCCAUCAUCUUUGCACCAUGCCGAGGUAAUACCCUUGACCAGUUUUGUGUCUUGGCCAAGACAAAGUUUGAAGUUGAUGUUGAGAGUCGGUAUGAUGGAUCUAUAUGGCGGAAACAUCAAGACAUGCUGACUGAAGGGAAGGAAGUAUACGAUGAGAACAUUCAUUACCCAGUUAGGAUUACACUAAAGAGAAGGUAACACUGGCUUCUUGAGUAGAUGGUUUAUGUCUUCAAGAUUGAUUUAUUAUGCCAUAUCUCACUCAGUGUAGAAACAUUGUUUGUCUUUUAAAUGAUUUGGGGUUGAGCAAAGAACAUUGACUAGAUCAGGAUUUGAACCAGCAACCUUAGGAAACGUGCUGGCACUCUUCCUACUGAGCUAGCUAGGCUUUCUUUUAAGAAAGUAGGUAUUCGUUCUGGCUAAAUUUGUUGGAUUUUCUGACACUUGGGGUGUUGGAGUUCCUGGUGUGGUACUAAUAGGUUUAAUGUAGUGAUUCCCUGGACAUCAACGACCCUCAAAAUCCGGUCAUACUUCCCCUGUCUGCUACAAUAUCUCGAAUAUGAAACAAGGUCCUUUAAUAUGUCAAGACUAAACCUAGCUGAGUCGCCUUCUAACAACAAACAAACAACAAGAAAGCACAAACCUCUAAAACUAACUUUAGUUAACUACAAACCCAUCGAAGUCGAGCAGCUUCAAACAAGAAAUCGUUAAAGAUAUCAAGAAUCUGUUAUCAAGUUAUCUGUUUUUGCUGUACCUCCAGUUGAAAGUUUCUCUAUAAGGUUUUUAAAGAAAACUUGUCAUCAAGAAGUAAAACAACCACCUCAACGACAUUGUUACAAAACUAAGUAUUCCCAUUAUAAACAAGUUGUUGAAAAAGACUACAGUCUUGUUUGGUUGCCAUCUCACACUUCCCCCAAAGGUUUUUGAAGAAAAUCUGUCCAUUGAUCAAUUACAUGCCCAUUAAAUCAAUUUCAUUAAAACUGAAUUUUUUGUUGUUUCUUUGUUUCUUUUUUUAAAGUUUUAUAUAAUUGUUUUCAUAUUAUAUUUAUAGUGUUAUUUUGAACAAUAGCCACAUCAGAUAGAAACAAAAUGAUUUUCUUAGCUGAUAAUUUCAACAAAUUUUGUAAAAGAUCCCUUAAUGGUCAACAAAUAUAAAAAAAUAAGAUAUAUUAAUGCACACACAAAAACUAGUAAUUUGAAAAUAAUUAAUUUGUUUAUUUGUUUCUAUACUGCCAAAAGUACAACAUAAACUCAAUAUCACGGGGGCUUGCACCUUAAAAUGUAUAUUGGACCAGAAUGUAUUUUACAAGACCAUAGCAUAAUAAUAAGUAAUUGUCCGCACAGUUUAACAUGUACAAUUAAACUGUUUUAUCUGAACACGAUUUAAGAGAAUUUCUCAUUAAUUUGUCAGAUUCUCAACAUAAUUUAAAGAAUUUCACCAGACUCAAAGUCCUCAUCUCAACCUAAUGUUAUUUUUCAUUACAUAGCAUUACACAGUGAGUUAUUUAAGUCAAGUGACAAACACAAGGCCACUAGACUUGCCUGGACCUUAGUUUACUAGCCUGAGGCUAAAGUCACUGGCCUAAGGCCAGCAACCCACUGUCGAUUUCAAACCCUGACUGUUAACUGUAAACCUACUCAGCUUCAUGAAACUGUGUAGGUUUGAAGCUUGUAGUAUUGUUAUAUCUGCACCAUCAAUGGCAACCAACACUAACAAUAAAAUUAAAGUAAAUGUUCAUGUGUGUGUCUAGUUGAAACAAAUGACAUUUUUGAAUGAUCUUGCUGUGAAACAUUUGAGUGACAACUGUAGUGCGGAUUGUUAAAAAAGUGAUUCUAACCCAUGGUUGUGUUUGAUUAAAUAUAGGCUUCCUUAUUGUUCAUUGUGGACCUUGGAACAUUGUUAUGGGGAUGUGAAUGGCAAGGUCAUGACUAACAGGUUCUAGACAUGUUGACUUAAUGUUGACUCAUGGUUGGACUGUUGUUAAAAACAAACUAGGUUGAACCUUAACUUGAUAACUAUUGUGGGGCUGCAUUUUUGUUUACAUUUAUACUAAUUGUGGGGAAAACUCUAGUCUCGGUUUAGGAAAAUGCAAAAUGUGCAGGCAUUCCCAAUGAUGAAUCAAAUAAUCUAACAACGAUUAUCCACAGUUUAAAGUUUGCAGGUAUUUAUUGACGGGUGAAUUACAUGAUGCAAUCACAUACUUAACAUUUCCUUUGUGUAGUUGUUGUCAUGGUGACUGAGUUUCUUUAAAAAAACAAUGAACCACAAAAUGUCUUCCUUUCAGUCUUGAUUUGAACAUAGUUCUACCUCCAUGAUUUGUGAGAUAACAAAAUGAUAACUGUACAAUGGUCUGCAAUAAUUGUAUUUGUUUGUUAAUUUUUUAAAGUUCAUAUGGAGGUAAAGUUAUCCUAUUUCAGAUGCUAAAAUGGUGUUAACACAAAUACCAGGGCCUAAUUUCAUAGAGCUGCUUAAGCACAAAAAGUAGCUAAGCACAACAAAGUUAUGCCGAGCACAGUAAUGUAACCAGUUAAAAUACAAUUUCACACGCACCAGUGUGACUGGUAUCCUGUUCAUUUCUGCUCAGCAGGCAAAUGUUAAGCACGUUUCUCAAGCAGCUCUAUGAAAUUGGGCCCUUGACGUCUAAAGCCAAUUGUUGUUUAAGCCAAUUGCAGAGUUCGUCAAUUGACUUUUGUUAUGUCUCCUAGGCACUCAUUGUGAUAUUGAAUCAUGAAACUCCUGAAAUAAAUUAAUUCACCUAAUUAGAAAACACA